UCCGCCCUCGACUUCAACAUGCUUCAAGCUAAUGUGAAGCUAUCAAAACAUGCAGUAAUUAUUUAAUUAGAAAUAGUUUUUGGUUAAACAUGAGAUAGGUAAUUUUACGUGGCUGCGCGUUUAAUUUAUUUUUUAUACUUGCGGGUUUUGAGUGACGGCUAAAGCGAACAUUUCAUCUGUUGCUGGAGUUAGCAGAGUUAGCUAACUCACAGCCUCAUCUACUACCAUAACAACAUCGUUGUUUGUGCGUUUUACAAGCGAAACCAUGGCCAACCUAGAGCAGUGGGUGAAUGACCGCCUCCAUGACAUCCUGGGCUUGAGUGACAGAUAUGUUUCUCAAUUUAUGAUUGGGACUGCAAGAAAAGCUUCGAGUGCCCAAGACUUUGUGAGUCGUCUGGAGCAGACAGGAACAAUUGACAUCGACCAAAGUAUAAUCUCCUUUGCAGAAGAGCUCUUUGAAAAGAUUCCUCGGAAGCAAGUUGUUGAGAAACCGUCCCGGGCGAUGGAGCGGGAAGCUAUAGAAAUGGACAGGAAGAACCGGACAUACACGCUACUGGAGGACAGUGACAGUGAUGGAGAGGUUGUGAGAGAGAAACAGAAAGGCAAAAAGAAAACGAAGGACAAGGACAGAGGAAAUAAGAGGAAGCACAUCAGACAGAAGAAAGAGAGCGAGUCAUCAAGUGAGGAUGAAGCACCAAAAAGGAGUAAUCAAAGGGAGAACAAGUCUGUCAAGAAAGAGGAGGAUGAAGAGGAGGAGUGGGAGAAGGAAGAGAGAGAGCGGCAGCUGGACAUUGAAGAGAGAGACGCGUUUGCUGAGCGAGUGAAGCAAAAAGACAAAGACAAGACCCGCAACAUCGCAGAGAGGACUGAUAAAAAGGCUUAUGAAGAAGCUCAGAAGAGGUUGAAGAUGGCUGAAGAGGAUCAGAAGAAUAUGUUGCCUGAGUUGAGGAAGCGUUCUCGCUGGGAGUAUCUAAAGAAGAGAGAGGCAGAGAAGCUGGAGGACCUGGAGGCUGAGAUCAAAGAUGACGAGUACCUUUUCUCCACAGACGAGCUGACAGAAAGGGAGAAAAAAGAUCUGGAGUACAAACGCACCCUUCGUGAUUUGGCCAAAGAUUACAAAAAGGCCGGAGCAAAGGAGCAGGAGGAGAGGAAGAACAGAUACUACAUGCCAGAAGAAAAGAGGAGCAAGGAGGUGCCCCAGAGAGACCUGGAGCUGGAGGAGACUCCUAUGGAACUGGGAGGAGAGCAGGGCCGCUGGGAGGAGGAGAGGCUGAAGACGGCAUCCCUCAGCUUUGGGGCCAAGAGGGAAAGAGAGCAGGGGAUGAAGCAGGAGCAGGACAAGUAUCAGCUGAUCCUGGAGGAGGAUGAGAUGAUCGACUUUGUCAGCACAGCCAUCACUAUGAAGGGAACUCGCUCGGAAAAGGAUCAGGAGGCUCCAGCUCUUUCACAGGCAGAGCUAAACAAACAGUCCAUGCAGGAGGUCCGCCGCAGUCUGCCCAUCUUUCCCUACAGAGAGGACCUGCUGGCUGCCAUCCACGAACACCAGGUCCUCGUCAUUGAGGGGGAGACGGGCUCAGGAAAGACCACACAGAUUCCUCAGUACCUCUUGGAAGAUGGCUACACGAAAGGAGGUAUGAAGAUUGGAUGCACGCAGCCUCGCAGAGUGGCCGCCAUGUCAGUGGCAGCCAGAGUGGCACAGGAGAUGAGUGUCAAGCUAGGAAAUGAGGUGGGUUACAGCAUUCGUUUUGAGGACUGCACAUCAGAGAGGACGGUUCUCAAAUACAUGACAGACGGUAUGCUGCUGCGAGAGUUUCUCACUGAGCCUGACCUGGCCAGCUACAGUGUGAUCAUCAUCGAUGAAGCCCACGAGCGCACACUGCACACGGACAUCCUGUUUGGUCUCAUUAAAGACAUCGCCAGGUUCAGACCAGACCUGAAGGUGCUGGUGGCGAGCGCCACUCUGGACACCGAACGCUUCUCCUGCUUCUUUGAUGAUGCUCCGGUCUUCAGGAUUCCUGGCAGGAGGUUCCCUGUGGAUAUCUUCUAUACUAAAGCUCCAGAGGCAGAUUACCUGGAGGCUUGUGUGGUGUCGGUGCUGCAGAUUCAUGUCACUCAAGCUCCUGGAGACGUUCUAGUUUUCCUCACUGGACAGGAGGAGAUUGAGGCGUGUUGUGAAAUGCUUCAGGAGAGAUGCAGACGGCUCGGCUCAAAGAUAGCAGAGCUGCUGGUACUUCCUAUCUACGCCAACCUGCCAUCAGACAUGCAGGCCAAGAUCUUUAAUCCCACUCCUCCUGGAGCCCGCAAGGUGGUGGUAGCUACCAACAUCGCAGAAACCUCACUGACCAUAGACGGAAUCAUCUACGUCAUCGACCCCGGCUUCUGCAAACAGAAGAGUUACAACGCCCGUACAGGAAUGGAGUCACUCAUCGUCACGCCCUGCUCACGGGCUUCGGCCAACCAGAGAGCUGGCCGUGCGGGCAGAGUGGCUGCUGGGAAAUGUUUUCGUCUUUACACAGCAUGGGCCUUCAAACACGAGAUGGAGGAAACGACUGUGCCUGAGAUUCAGAGGACCAACCUGGGCAAUGUCGUCCUGUUGCUGAAGAGUCUAGGAAUCAACGACCUCAUUCACUUCGACUUCAUGGACCCUCCCCCUCAUGAGACUCUGGUUUUGGCGCUGGAGCAGCUCUACGCUCUGGGAGCUCUAAACCACCUGGGAGAGCUGACAAAGCUGGGACGCAGGAUGGCUGAGCUACCGGUGGACCCCAUGCUGAGUAAGAUGGUCCUAGCCUCUGAGCAAUACAAAUGUUCAGAGGAAGUGUUGACGAUAGCGGCCAUGCUGUCCGUGAAUAACUCGAUUUUCUACCGGCCCAAAGACAAGGUGGUGCACGCUGACAAUGCCAGAAUGAAUUUUGUGGUUCCAGGUGGAGACCACCUGGUGCUGCUGAAUGUCUACACACAGUGGGUGGAGAGCGGUUACUCUACUCAGUGGUGCUACGAGAACUUCAUCCAAUUUCGCUCCAUGAGACGAGCGCGGGAUGUCCGGGACCAGCUGGAGGGUCUGAUGGAUCGCAUCGAGGUGGAGGUGGUCAGCUCCCAAGGAGACAACUUGCCCAUUCGUAAGGCGGUGACUGCAGGAUAUUUCUAUCACACAGCACGGCUGAGUAAAGGCGGCUACAAGACUGUGAAGCACCAGCAGACGGUCUACGUCCACCCCAACAGCUCUCUGUUUGAGGAGCAGCCCCGCUGGCUCAUCUACCACGAGCUCGUCUUCACCACCAAAGAGUUCAUGAGACAGGUGAUCGAGAUAGAGAGCAGCUGGCUGCUGGAGGUGGCUCCUCACUACUACAAGAGCAAAGAGCUGGAGGACAGCAGCAGCAAGAAGAUGCCCCGCACACAGGGGAAGACGAAAGAGGAGCUGGGAUGAAAAGCAACAAAGAUCAGGUCCCCAUGCAACACCUGGCACAAAGAUCCAGUCCCUGGCUCCAUAAGUUGAAAUAAUAAUAGAAGAAUGACUGGGAAAGGUCGAUAAUCACUUAAGAAUACAGAGGGAACCUGUGGAAAAUGUUCCUCACGAGAACAUGUCUGCUGCAGCCUGAUAAUGCAUGCAGCGUCUGCAGAAACCACUCUACACAUGAACAUACAAAUCAGAGUGGUGGAUGCAGGGAAGUGGGUCACACAUCAACUCACUGGUUUAAUGAUAAACCUGCAGGGAUGUUUGGAACACAAUGAGGAAACAUUCAUGCACUUGGAGUUGAAUUUCCUGCUUUUUAUCAGCUCAUUAAUGAACGUGAGACCUUUGUGUUUGUUUCUCAUGCUCGCGGACUUCCUUGAAUAAAGGUGCUUUGUCAGAUAAUUUCACUAAUAUGUGAAGGAGUGGCACUGUUAAAGACUGUAAAUAGAUGAUGAGUAAGAAGCCUCCACCAAGCGGGAAAAGAUUUUCAAACACUGAGUUUCCUUCACGUGUGAGGCUCCUUAUCGUGUUUAUUUUCAUUUUUUCUAGAGUAAUA